GCAGCGGAGCGCCCGGCUGCGCCGCGGGCUAGCUAGGGCCGGGCUCCGGCCAGCGCAUCCACGCUCUCUAGGUCCGCCGAGCUACCGCAGCGAUUAAAAUGCAGCUGGCCGCCUGCUUCUUUUUGGGCUGCGGCAUAAUCUUAGCUUCGGGAUACAACUCCUUCAGUAAGAGCAUGGAGACGAUAGGCAAGAAGCAGUACCAGGUUCAGCACGGGUCCUGCAGCUACACCUUCCUUCUGCCCGAGGCGGACAACUGCCGCUCCUCCACUCCGUACGUGUCCAACGCGGUGCAAAGGGAUGCGCCUCUGGACUAUGAUGAUUCAGUUCAAAGACUGCAGCUACUUGAGAACAUCAUGGAAAACAACACUCAGUGGCUAAUGAAGCUUGAGAAUUACAUCCAAGACAGUAUGAAGAAAGAAAUGGUAGAGAUCCAGCAAACUGCAGUGCAGAACCAGACUGCAGUAAUGAUUGAAAUAGGCACAAACUUGCUAAAUCAAACAGCUGAACAGACCCGCAAAUUAACAGAUGUUGAAGCACAAGUGUUAAACCAGACAACCCGACUUGAACUUCAGCUUUUGGAACACUCUCUUUCAACAAACAAACUAGAAAGACAGAUUUCAGAUCAGACCAAUGAGAUAACUAAAUUACAAGAAAAAAACAGCUUUUUAGAAAAAAGAGUUCUUGAGAUGGAAGACAAGCACAUGCUUCAGCUGAAGUCAAUAAAAGAUGAAAAAGAUCAGCUUCAAGUCCUAGUAGCCAGACAGAAUUCUAUUAUAGAAGAACUAGAAAAACAGUUAGUUACGGCUACAGUAAACAACUCAGUUCUGCAAAAACAGCAACAUGAUCUGAUGGAGACGGUUCAUAGCUUGCUUACUAUGAUAUCGACACCAAACUCUAAGAACAAAUUCAUAGCCAAAGAGGAGCAAAUCAGCUUCAAAGACUGUGCUGAAGCUUUCAAAUCUGGACUGACAACAAGUGGAAUCUACACUCUAACAGUUUCAAACACUGCACAAGAGAAGAAGGCCUACUGUGACAUGGAAACUGGUGGAGGAGGCUGGACAGUUAUUCAGAAACGAGAAGAUGGCAGUGUGGACUUCCACCGGACGUGGAAGGAGUACAAGAUGGGAUUUGGUGAUCCUGCUGGGGAGUACUGGCUGGGAAAUGAGUUUGUUUCUCAACUGACUAAUCAGAAGCGUUAUGUUCUUAAAAUACAACUGAAAGACUGGGAAGGAAACGAGGCAUACUCAUUGUAUGACCACUUCUCUCUAGCAAGUGAAGAACAAAAAUACAGGAUUUACCUUAAAGGACUUACUGGGACAGCGGGCAAAAUAAGUAGUAUAAGCCAACCAGGAAAUGAUUUUAGCACAAAGGAUGCAGACAAUGACAAAUGUAUUUGCAAAUGUUCACAAAUGCUAACAGGAGGAUGGUGGUUUGAUGCAUGUGGUCCUUCUAACCUCAAUGGAAUGUAUUAUCCAUUACGACAAAACAACAACAAGUUUAAUGGGAUCAAGUGGUACUACUGGAAGGGCUCAGGAUACUCUCUCAAAGCUACAACUAUGAUGAUUCGACCAGCAGAUUUCUAAAUGCUUUGUCAUUAUGUGAAUUAUGUAUUGUAUAGUCUUCAAAGACUUAUUUUACCAAACAACUUGUCUCAUUUUUUCAAAUCCAGAAACAUGCUCUAGCGUUCUGAAGUGUCAGUUCAGUACAGUUCCUGAAUUGCAAUCACCUUGAUCAGCUAAAGCUUAUAUUAUGCAACCAGACACAAUGUCUAAAGCGUUGACCUGAUAUAACAGUGAUUUGGCCAAAUGACUCAAUAAAAAGAACAUCCAAGAAAACAUCAGAGAACUUAAGGACUCUGUUUUACUGAUCAUUAUGUUAUGUAUGUGUUAGUAAAUAACUGGAACUGUGAAGAAAAACCUAAAAUAGUUUUAGGAAUAUGCAUUUUGCUUCACCACUGAACUUUAAACAUUAAUAUAAAACACUUAGCUAGUUCUAGCUUAGUUUUAGCUAGAUCUAGAACUAUUUAUCUUUCUGUGUCAUGUGUGCCCUAUAUGUACAUUAAAAAAAUACUUUUCUGUAAUUAGCUCAAUCCUAUAGUUAGGGAAUACAGUCUUUUCCCCCAUAGUCUCCUGAACAAUUUCUUAUACUUAUUUGAGGUUUUUUUCCACUAGCCUGUAUGACUAUGUUUAACAGAGGACAAAUAGCAUUUAAGCAGUUUGCAUUUAUUUUUGGGAAAUACCAUUUACAAAAGUCAUCAUUUUUUCAGUCUGUUUCAGUCACUGUCUUUAAAUUACAGAAAAUCCCUAUGAAUUACAAUAUACCAUGUAUUCCUAUACAUUUUUAUGAAGAUUGCACUUUUUUUUCUUCACUUGUUAUUUACCUGUAAAAUAACUGACCAGUAUUUUGUAAAGUGAGACAACGGCAUUAACACCAGAUGUCCAGUUGUCUAUGACAAUCAUGUAUCACCUGGUGAUGUAAUAUAACUACAUGUUUUGUAAAAAUAACCUACCUGAAAAACAUAUGCAUGUUCUUUAAUACAAUUAAAUUUAUGCUUAUGACUUAAGUUACAAAUUACUACAUUUUAAGAACAGGAAGAAAAAUAAUCUGAGAAUUAUCUAAGGUCACAGUAUAUUUUUUUUUCAGUGAGGUUAGGACUUCUUCCUAAAAAUUCUCUGUGGGUAGGCCCUCAAUAUACACCACAAUGUGAAUAAAUUACUCUACUGGGUAAUCUUUCCUUUUUUUUUUUUUCCCUUCAUUUUACUACUAUAUGAUUUAAAAUUGCAAAUCAGAUUGAGAAGAUAUUUUUUCAUACAUCACAAUAAUUUAGUGUAGGUUUUACUCAAAAUUAAGUUUAGUUUUUAAUUCUCAUGCUCAUUCUUUGCCUAAUAUUUUUGUAAAACUUUGAUUUCAGUAGAUGACUGAAUUAGUUACAAUGCAAACACUUAACCCAAAAAUAACCCCAGACAUAUUUCUGGAAGCUAACUUAACAAAAGGUGCUGUAAGGGCAACAGGGCUUGUGAAGGGUCUAGAAAAAAUAUUGCAUGAGGAGGGUUGAGGGAUCUGGGAUUGUUUAGAUGGAGAAGAGAAGGCUCAGGGGGGACCUCAUCACUCCCUACAAUCACCUGAAAGGAGGCUGUAGUGAGGUGGGGUCUGAUCUCUCUUCUGGCCUUAAACUGAGACUGGGCAGAUUCAGAUUAAAUAUUAGAAAAAAAAUUUCAGUGUUUCAGUGGUCAGGCAUUGGAACAGGUUGCCCAGAGAGGUUGUGGAGUCACUAUUCCUAGAGGUGUUCAAGAGGCAUCUGGAUCUGGUGGGUGAUGCUGUUUACAGGUUACAGUGGAAGUGCUGGGUGGACAGUUGGACUGGAUGAUCCUGUAGGUCUCUCUUAACCUUGAUGAUUCUAUGUUUCUAUCUUGAAAAUACUAAAUGGUUUUGAGAAAGACUGAAUAAAUCUCUCCAUUUUAUACUGACAAUCAUUAAAGGUGCUGUCAGAGUACCCCACCACUCACACCACCGCAAUUCUUCACUGAAAAUGUGUGUCAUCAUUACUAAGUGUAGCAGAGACAAAAUAAUAUUUCUAAUAUUACUUCAUGAUCUGAUUUUAUAUAAACCUAAAGAAUGUAAAUUAAUAGUUACUGUCUCAAGAGUUCCAUAAAAUAAUCUCUAUGUAUUUGAAAUAACUGUUUAGUAUUUUACUAUUUUUCAUAGAAAACUUGUAAUGAUAUACAUAUCCCAAACUAAAGAAAAAAUACUUCCCAAAAUUGCUUUCACGAAUUUUCAAGAAAUGUCUUAGAGAAAAGUCUAGAAGAGUCAUCACAUUAGUAGAGGGGCCACACAUACCAACAAGCAUACAGCAUACCAAGAGAAGCCUUAAGAGAUGUCGUUUCUCAGCCUUGAGCAGAGAAAGGGAAGGGGAGACCUCAAUGGUACCUGAUUGAGGGUAUAAGGAGGACAAAGCUAGACCCUUCUUGGAGGUGCUCUGCUAUGAGACAGGAACAACAGGCAGUAAAUACAAUUUGGAACUGAGGAAAGUGAAUUUUCCUUUUCAUUUAUUCAUUUAUUACCAGAAGGGUAGAUUGGACAAGUCCCUUGGAACACAGUGUUGAACUAGGCAACCUUCAGAGGUCUCUGCUAAUCUAAAAUACUUUAUGAUUCUAUGAAAUUUAAUAGAAAUGACAGGUCUACAUUACUGCAUUUCCUGUGUUGGUAGAUUUAAUCAGACAACUAAAGAAAAUACUCCCAAUAUUUGAGAUAGUAAGCAUAUCCACACCAAUAAUAAAAGGAAAGAGAAAAAUAAAGCCAACAAAACAAAAAUCCUCAAAAAUCCUUAAAAGCCAUGAUGGCAUCUGAAUACUCAACCUGGCAAGAAAAGCAGUGGUAAUUUCUAGUUGACACCAACUUUCAUUAUUUUAGUAAGAAAACCCUGUAUGACUAAAAUAAUUUAAUUUUAAACAGCUACUUUUGAUUUGUUGAAAAAAAAGUUUAUAAAAUUUAAGGCUUUUUGAUGACUGUUCUGGGAAAGUGAUCAAAAGUACUGAUGUAGACAUUGAAUGGAUCAAUUAUUUAAUGAGACUUCAUUUUGGGGGAAAAGGGAUCAAUUUAUCAACACCAAUGUAACAUUUUAGAGGGAAUAUGUCUUUAAAUGACAUUUCAUCUAAAGAAGAUUGCAUGGCUUGAACUCCAAACACCAAAGUGAAGCAACAGGAGGACAUGUCAGAAGGAAGGCAAUAAUAGGAAACAGAAGGCUGCAAAAACUGUUUUGGACUUGGUACAAACAAGUAAAACAUAACAGCAAGGUAACCCCUACUUUUAAUUCCUUCCUGUAAUCAAAUAAACAGUCUGUGAAACUA